UAAAUAAGGGUUGAGAGAAAAAUUAUUAGAUAGUUACUCAGACAAAAUUUGUUAAAAAAGGCACUUCCUUUGUUGCUCUUGUUCUUCCCUGUCGUAGCAAUGGAAUCCAAGGAUAAGAGUAUAAAUUACUGAGUAACAUGUAAGCGAAUUAAAAACAAAGAGUCUUAUUUCACUAAAAUAACCCCAAGGGCGUAUUCGUAUAAGGUGUCAAUUGCUUGUUGACAAUUUCUUCCCCAAACAGCAAUAUAGGUCUAAUCAUAAUUAAGUUGGAUCCCAAUUCAGAUAAUCUUAUACCGUUCAUACAUUUGAUUUUUGCUUUAUUUUUUUUUGAAACAAAUCAAUUCUUUAAUAAAGAGCUAUCCGGCAUCUACAAGAUUUUUGCUUUAUUUAAACUAAGAGGAAUCACAUUUCCAAGUAUUGCUAUAUUUAUUACUGUCAUUUUCAAUUAUUGCUAAAUCUGUUGUCGUCUUAAUGAGCAUAGCCAUCGUGCAACGAAAUUAUUGCUCUUGUGCCCACUAAAAUUAUAGAUAAUUGUGUGGUUAUUAUAUCUACUUGUAACAAAACACACUAUACUAUUCUUCAAAAAAAAAAAAAAAAAAAAAAAAAACACACUAUACCACAAACUACAGUACUUCACUAGUAUUGAGAGCAGCACAACAAAAUUGGUGUUAUAGAGCAAGAAAAAUGCAUUAAAUAUGGCUCUAUGCCUUGGUAUUCUCUACCAUUUUACCACUUUUCAUGUUCUUCUUCCUUCAAAAAUACAACCUACUAAACACAAAAAACAGGCACAAAAUUCUACCACCAAGCCCCCCUUCUUUUCCCAUAAUAGGUCACCUUCAUCUACUCAAAAACCCUAUCAUUCAUCGCACCUUACGACAUCUUUCCUUGCAGUAUGGUUCCAUAUACUCUCUAAAUCUCGGUUCUUUUCCUAUCGUUGUAAUCUCUUCACCUGAUGCAAUCGAAGAAUGUUUCACGGAAAAUGACAUUGUUUUAGCCAAUAGGCCUCAAGUUCUUUCAGGGAAGCACAUCCACUAUGAGUGGACUACCCUUGGAUCAGCCUCGUAUGGUCCAUUAUGGCUGAACCUACGUAGGCUAACCACCGUAGAGCUGCUCUCAAGGAGCCGGGUAAGCUCCUUUGAGGGUAUAAGAGUAGAAGAAAUUCGAUCCUUGGUUAAAGGCUUGUAUGCAAGUAACAAAGAAAACUUUGUUAGAGUUGAAAUAGGCUCAAAGUUAUCAGGGUUGUCCUUAAACAUUUUGACUAGGAUAUUAACAGGGAAAAAAUACUUGUUUUUCGGUGAUGAUGAAAAUGAAGGUGGCUCAAGUCAAGAAGCUGAGAAAUUUCUUGGGAUCAUGAGGGAGGUUUUCGAGCUUAGCGGUCUAUCGACUGUGGCUGAUACUUUGCCAUUUUUGAGGUUUAUUGGUUUUCGAAACAUCGAAGGAAGGAUGGUGGCCGUAAGGAGGAAGAUGGAUAGUUUUCUAGAUGGUCUAAUUGAAGAGUGUAGGAGGACCAAAAAUGAAGGGGAGACUACAGCCAUGGUUUAUAAGUUGCUGGAUUUGCAGGAGUCAGACCCUACUACUUACUCUGAUCAAAUUAUCAAAGGGUUUAUAAUGGUAAUGUUGAUAGCAGGAACAGAUACAUCAGCUGUUACAAUGGAAUGGGCUUUAUCCUUGUUGCUUAACCACCCUAAUGUACUCAAAAAGGCAAGAGAAGAGAUCGAAAAUUGUAAAGGUAAUGAUGGAUUAGUAGAGGAAUCUGAUAUCCCUAAGCUACCUUACAUCCAAUGCAUCAUCAACGAGACAUUUCGACUCUUCCCAGCAGCCCCAUUACUAGUCGGACACCUAGCAUCCGAGGAUUUAACCAUCUCCGGAUAUCACAUUGAGAAGGGUAGAACUUUAUUGAUUAACGCGUGGGCGGUUCAUAGGGAUCCAAAUCUAUGGAAGGACCCUUUGGAGUUUAGGCCUGAGAGGUUUGAAGGAUUAAAGAGUGAAGACUAUAGAUAUACUUUGAUCCCAUUUGGACUUGGGAGGAGAUCUUGCCCUGGUGCUUAUCUUGCUAGUAAAGUGAUAGGGUUAACUUUGGCAACCUUAAUUCAAUGCUUUGAUUGGGAGAGGGUUGAUGAGGAGAAUGUGGACUUAACUGAAGGUGUUGGACUUACAAUGCCUAAGGCUAAACCACUCGAAGCAAUGUGUAGAGCUCGCACGAACAAGAUCGAUGUAUUGUCCAUGUAACAUUAUACUGCUCAUAAGUAGGGAUUGAGGCUUAGAUUAUUCAUAAAUUCUUCAAUCCAAAUUUUGGGCAUGAGACCUGACACGACCCAAUACCAUCUUUACUAAUGUCUAAGAAGACUUUUAUCAAUGUAAAUGUAAUUAAUUUAGGUUUUUUUUGUUUAAAGUGGCACAUUUAUCCCAUUGAGAAAUAUAAUUGAAGCACUACGUUGUCCAAGAGCAGAACAUCUCAAACCAAAAUAGGGGAUACUCCGUACAAUCUGUACAUUGUUUAGUAAUUGAAUAUGGAGUACCAAACAAAGCAAUGAAGCAUUAAUGAAACUUAUAC